AUCUGCCACACAACCAUGCACAUCUGUUUCUCUCUCUCUCUCUCUGUCUCUCUCAGAGACGCCUCCAAUUUUUUUACCACGCACUCUACCUCUUCGAAACCUCCAAAAUCCCCUCCUCUCCCACUGCCCAAUUCCAAAUAUCGACCCGGUUUAACUUUCUAUACCAGGCAAGCUCUGUUCCCUGUUGAUUUGAAUUUCCAAUCCACAAACAACCCCACCGGCGAGUUUGUUCAAAAUAUUCCUACCCCACUUCGAUUUCUUGCGCAUUGGUUUUUUAGGAUUGGAGUAGUAUUCCUUUUUUGAUGGAGCUGUAAUAGUAAUUAGUGUUUGGAAAAUGGGUCGAGAUGGGUUUCUUGUUCCUGUGGAGACGAAGAAGAAAACGGGGGUUUCUACAAGUUGGAUUUUGCUCGACCGCAACGGUGAGGGAACCAUAUUGGAUGUUGACAAGUACGCUAUUAUGCGCCGUGUUCAUAUUCAUGCUAGAGAUCUUCGCAUUCUCGAUCCCCUGUUAUCCUACCCUUCUACGAUCUUAGGCAGAGAAAAAGUGAUUGUUCUUAAUUUGGAGCACAUCAAAGCAAUUAUCACAGCAGAUGAGGUACUGCUUAGAGAUCCAUUUGAUGAUAAUGUAAUUCCUAUUGUCGAAGAACUUCAAAGACGAUUACCUCCAAUUAUUGCCAAUUACAAAGGCCAACAAGAAGAAGAAGAUCUGCAAGGGACACGAGAUGAUGUCGUAACUAGCGAAGAAAACGAAUUUCCAUUCGAAUUCCGGGCAUUAGAAGUUGCACUUGAAGCUAUUUGCAGUUUUCUUGAUGCUCGCACGAUAGAAUUAGAGUCAGAUGCUUAUCCAGCUUUAGAUGAGCUGACCUCCAAGAUAAGCAGCCGUAAUUUGGAUCGAGUGCGUAAAUUAAAGAGUGCGAUGACAAGGUUGACAAAUAGGGUUCAAAAGGUAAGGGACGAACUCGAACAACUUCUCGAUGACGAUGAUGAUAUGGCAGACCUUUACUUAUCAAGAAAGUUGGCUGAGGCAUCUUCACCUGUCAGUGGCUCUGGGGCUCCAAAUUGGUUUUUUGCCUCUCCCACCAUAGGCUCAAAAAUAUCCAAAACAAGUAGGACAAGUCCAACAACAGUUCAAGGGGAGUAUGAUGUUGAGGAGCUUGAAAUGCUGCUUGAGGCUUACUUUAUGCAAAUUGAAGGAACACUGAAUAAAUUGACCACGCUUCGUGAAUAUAUAGAUGACACGGAGGAUUACAUAAAUAUUCAGCUCGACAAUCAUCGGAACCAGCUCAUUCAGCUAGAGCUUUUGCUGAGUUCUGCAACUGUUUCUAUCUCUGUGUAUUCUCUGGUGGCGGCCAUAUUUGGCAUGAACAUCCCAUAUACAUGGAAAGAAGGUCAUGGUUACGUAUUUAAAUGGGUGGUGAUCAUCGCGGGAAUAGUUUGUGCAUCUCUUUUCAUAUCAAUAAUCUCCUAUGCUCGGCACAAAGGUCUUGUUGGAUCUUGAUAUUUAUACAAAUGAUUGAAGACUGGGAUAUAAAUAUGAUUACCUUGCAAUAAUUACUUGAAUCCUUGGGUGGAUUAUGAAGAAGCGGUUUGUGGUUGAUUUCUCCCAUUCAGGUGCCAUUUAUAAAAAGGAUGCACAAUGCGACUGUACUUUUGAAGCCAUGUCUUAUACAACGAACCAUUUUGUUAAUUCAAUCAUCUGGUUAUCUGUAAUUAGGAUUCAAAUGGGCUGGAAACAGGCCUAGUGGGUAUCUCCACGUGGGUUUAAAUUGAAUUUUUAUGGCCCUUUAGGCAGAGAAAAAUAAUAUUCUUAUGCAUAGAAUUUGGAGCUGUGGUCCCAAAUGAAAAUGGUGUAAAAGUGGCCAUUGACUAUUAGUCUGUUGAAAAUCUUAUCCAGAGUCUUACUUGGGCCCUGCCUAAGGCUACCAUUGGAAGCAAAAAUAAUUAAUUAAUAACAAUAAUAAUAAGGUCACCACCACCACAUCGGGUUCCCUCGGA